AUGCAGCUGAAAACAUAUGAAGACCCUCCUCUCCUCACAGGAAGGAGCGGCGAAGGUGACGUGUAUGGUGUGGUCCCAAGAACAAUGCGCGGUUUGCGGGGUCUGUACGGUGGACAGGGUGGUUCUCCUGUAUGAUGAGCAGGGAGAGAGAAGAGACAAGUUCAGCACAAAACCCGCGACGCCAAGGUACGGGAAGAAGAGCUAUAUGGUGAAAGGCAUGGCGUUUUCCCCCGACUCCACCAAGAUUGCCAUUGGACAGACAGACAACAUCGUCUAUGUGUACAAGAUUGGUGAGGACUGGGGAGAUAAAAAAGUCAUCUGCAAUAAAAUUCAUUCAGACGAGCGCGGUCACCUGCCUCCUCUGGCCUCUGAGAGAACGUUCAUCGUCUUCGGACUGGCAGAAGGGAAGGUGGCGAAUGGCAAAACACCAAAACCAACAAGUCUACCACCAUAUACAACACGGAGUCCCUACGUCGUCUCCCUGACCUCCAAUGUUUCAGGGAAGGGAAUACUGUCCGGACAAGCAGACGGCACAAUUGUUCGCUACUUCUUCGAUGAUGAGGGAUCUGGGGAGUCUCAGGGGAAACUGGUCACCCACCCGUGCCCACCUUACGCUCUGGCAUGGGGAUCCAACAGCAUUGUGGCAGGAGGAUGUGAUAAGAAGCUGGUGGCCUACGAAAAAGAAGGGAAGAUCAUUCAGACCUUUGACUACAGCCGGGACCCUACAGAAAAAGAGCUGACCGUGGCUGUCGCCAGUCCCAGCGGUCAGUCCGUGGUGGUCGGCAGCCAUGAUAGGCUACGAGUCCUGAACUGGAGCCCCCGCAGAGGAUUAUGGGAAGAGGCCAAACCUAAGGACAUCCCCAACCUGUACAGCAUCACCGCGUUGGCCUGGAAGAGGGACGGUUCUCGGCUGUGCGCGGGGACGCUGUGCGGAGGGGUAGAACAGUUUGACUGUUGUUUACGGCGCUCGUUAUAUAAGAAUAAAUAUAAAAUGACCUAUGUGGGCCCCAGCCAAGUGAUUGUAAAGAAUCUUUCCACCGGGACCCGUGUGGUCCUAAAAUCCCAUUACGGCUAUGAAGUGGAUGAGGUGAAAGUCAUGGGCAAGGACCGGUACCUGGUGGCGCACACUUCAGACACCUUACUGCUUGCAGAUCUGGCCACCAACCGUCUGAACGAGGUGGCCUGGCCAGCUUCUGGAGGAAAUGAGAAAUUCUUCUUUGAAAAUGAGAAUGUCUGUAUGAUCUUCAAUGCUGGGGAGCUGACGCUGGUGGAGUACGGUCGUAGUGAGGUACUGGGGACCGUCCGCACGGAGUUCAUGAACCCCCAUCUCAUCAGCGUCCGUCUGAAUGAGAGGAAGCAGCGCGGUAUAGAGGACAACAAAAAGCUGGCCUAUCUGAUUGACAUGAAGACCAUCGCUAUAGUGGAUCUCCUCACUGGGUAUAAUAUUGGGAUGGUCACCCAUGACACUAAGAUCGACUGGCUGGAGCUGAAUGAAACUGGCCGCAAGCUGCUCUUCAGGGACAAAAAACUUCGAUUGAACAUUUUUGAUGUCUCAGAUGGCCAGAAGACAACCAUUUUGAAUUACUGCUCAUAUGUGCAGUGGGUACCGGGAAGUGACGUAGUGGUAGCACAGAACCGCAGUAAUCUCUGUGUCUGGUACAAUAUUGAUUCUCCAGAGCGGGUCUCAAUGUUCCCAAUCAAGGGUGACAUUGUGGAGCUGGAGAGGAAUGAGGGAAAGACUGAAGUGGUUGUCUCCGAAGGGGUUAAUACAAUAUCCUACGCCUUGGAUGAAGGCCUUAUAGAGUUUGGGACGGCCAUUGAUGACGGAGACUACUACAGAGCUGUCGCUUUCUUGGAGACUCUGGAGAUGUCCACAGAGACUGAAGCAAUGUGGAAGACCCUCAGCAAACUGUCUCUGGAGGGCCGCCACCUGCAUGUCGCCCAGAGGUGUUUUGCUGCCCUGGGGGACGUUGCCAAAGUCAAAUUCCUGCGGGAGACCAAUGAGAUUGUAGAGCAGGCGGCAGCUGAGUAUGGUGGAGAUGGCACCAGGAGCUACAAGGUUCAAGCCCGACUGGCCAUGCUGCAGCACAACUUUAAACUGGCUGAGAUGAUCUACCUGGAGCAGAAUGCGGUGACAGAGGCAAUGGUCAUGUACCAGGAAUUACACAUGUGGGAUGAAUGUAUCGCUGUAGCAGAGACCAAGGGUCACCCUGAGCUGGAAAGUUUGAAGCGCAACUACCUGCGAUACUUGUCAGACAGUCAGCAGGAGGAGAAAGCGGGUGAGGUGCGAGAACAAGAAGGUGACUAUAUCUCGGCUGUCAACAUGUACCUGCAUGCCGGGCUCCCAGCAAAAGCAGCCCGUUUGUGUAUGAGCCAAGAACAGCUUCUGGCCAAUUCCGAUCUCAUGGGGAGGGUCACUGCUGCCCUGAUUAAAGGAGACUUCUACGAGAGGGCAGGGGACUUAUUAGAAAAAAUUAAUAACAGCCGUCGGGCAUUGGAAUGUUACUGCAAGGCCAACGCCUUCAGGAAAGCGGUGGAGUUGGCUCGAGUGGCAUUUCCUACAGAAGUACUAAAACUGGAGCAGUCCUGGGGGGAUUUCCUGGUGCAGCAGAAACAGCUGGAUGCAGCCAUCAAUCACUACAUCGAGGCUGGGUGUUCAGCGAAAGCCAUAGAAGCUGCAAUUGGUGCUCGCCAGUGGAAGAAAGCCAUCCACAUCCUAGAGAUUCAGGAGCCCAAGACCGCCAGCGAAUAUUACCUGAAGAUAGCGCAACAUUACAACUCCAUGCAGGAGUAUGAGAUGGCUGAGCAGCUCUAUAUUAAAGCUGGGAGGAGUAAGGACGCCAUUGACAUGUACACACAAGCUGGCCGAUGGGAACAGGCACACGCGCUGGCAGUGAAGUGUAUGAACCCAGAGGAUGUGUCCGUUUUGUACGUCACCCAGGCCAAGGAGCAGGAGAAGCAGGGCCGCUACAGGGAGGCCGAGAGACUAUACAUCACCGUAGAUGAGCCAGAUCUCGCCAUCGCAAUGUAUAAGAGACACAACCAGUAUGAAGACAUGAUCCGUCUGGUGGCCAAACACCACCCAGACCUCCUAACAGACACCCACAUGCACCUUGGCAAGGAGUUGGAGGCUGCGGGGCGCCUUCAGGAGGCUGAGUAUCACUACCUGAAGGGGAAGGACUGGAAAGCCACCAUCAAUAUGUACCGAACAGCUGAUAUGUGGGAGGAGGCACACAGGGUGGCCAAGACACACGGUGGACCCAAUGCCUACAAACAGGUGGCCUAUCUGUGGGCAAAGAGCCUGGGGGGAGAGGCAGCUGUAAAACUCCUGACCAAAUUUAACUUGCUGGAAAUGGCCAUUGAUCAAGCUGCAGAGAAAUACACAUUUGACUUUGCAUUUGAACUGGGCCGUCUGGCAAUGAAAGAAAAACUUCCAGAGAUUCAUCUGAAAUACGCCAUGUUACUGGAGGACGAGGGAAAGUUUAAUGAAGCUGAGGCUGAGUUUGUUAAAGCCGGAAAACCUAAGGAAGCCGUUCUUAUGUAUGUCCACAAUCAGGACUGGGAUGCAGCGCAGAGAGUGGCUGAGCUGUACGAUCCCGGGAGUGUUGGUGAUGUUCUGGAGGGACAGGCUCGCUUCGCCUUUGAACAGAAAGAUUAUCAGAAGGCAGAAGCAUUCUUACUGCGCGCCCAAAGACCGGAGCUGGCUGUGCGCCAUUACAAGGAGGCCGGCAUGUGGAGCGAUGCCAUCCGAAUAUGCAAGGAGUAUGUCCCUGCCAUGUUGGAGCAGCUGCAGCUGGAGUACGAGAGGGAGGUGGCAAAGGGGACAGAGGCCUUGAUAGAACAGGCCCGGGAGUGGGAGCAGGCCGGGGAAUACGCACGAGCGGUGGACUGCUACCUGAAAGUGAAGGAUCUGGAUAAUGUGAGCCUUUUGGAGAAGUGUUGGAUGAAGGCAGCUGAACUGUCCAUCAAGUUCCUGGUACCUAGCAGAAGUUUGGAGGUUGUCCGUCUGGUGGGUCCCAAGCUGGUCUCUGCUGGAAGACACAACGUGGCGGCUGAGCUCUAUCUGAACCUGGACCUGGUGAAGGAGGCCAUCGAUGCCUUUAUAGAUGGAGAGGAAUGGAACAAGGCCAAGAGGGUGGCCAAGGAGCUGGAUUCCAGGUAUGAGCAGUAUGUGAAUGACAAAUACAAGGACCAUCUGAAGAAUCAGGGAAAAGUAGAUUCGUUGGUUGGAGUGGAUGUUGUGGCCGCUCUUGAUAUGUAUGCGGACCGUGGACAAUGGGAGAGGUGUAUAGAAAUAGCAGCGAAACAGAAUUAUAACGUCCUGCACAAGUACGUGGCCCUGUUCGCCACUCACCUCAUCAAAGAAGGCAGCUGGGAGAAGGCCUUGUCCCUGUAUGUCCAACACGGAGCUCCGGCCUUCAAUCAGAAUUUCAACAUUUAUAAGCGGAUCUUUGUGGAGAUGGUGAAUGCGGAGGGAAUGAACUGUGCUGAGGUUUACCAUACCUGGGCCAACCUGCGGGACCUGCUUUACUCCCUGUGUGAGAACCUAGUGAAAUCCAGCGAGGUGAAUUCUCCGGCACACCAAGAGUUUGAGCUUAUGAUGCUGAUUGCUCAUUAUUACGCUACGCGUUCUGCAUCACAGGGGGUGCAGUCACUGGAUGUGAUAGCUGCUAAACUCUGCAUCUCGCUCCUGCGUCACACUGAGCUGCUCCCUGCAGACAAAGCAUUCUAUGAGGCCGGAACGGCUGCCAAGGGAAUGGGCUGGCAGAACUCGGCCUUCAUCUUCCUGAACAGAUUCCUUGACCUGGUAGAUGCAAUUGAAGAAGGAAAUCUGGAUGCCUUGGAUAACACGGAUUUUCAAAACACAGACAUUCCAUUUGAGGUUCCACUCCCCGCCAAACAGCAUGUUCCGGCGGAUAAGCGGGAGGAGGUGAAGGAGUGGGUGUUGGCAGUGUCCAUGGAUCAGAGAGUGGAGCAGACUUUUCCUCAGGAUGAACGAGGCGCCUUUGAAGGGUCACUUGUAGCCACAAACAGUGGAAUCCAUUCCCUGCCGUGUCUGAUCACCGGGUAUCCAGUCCUGAGGAAUAAGGUGGAAUUUAAACAGCCGGGAAAAGCUGCUAACAAGGAAGACUGGAAUAAAUUCCUCAUGGCCAUUAAGACCAGCCACAGCCCCGAGUGUCAGGAUGUCCUGCGGUUUAUCAGUCAAUGGUGCGGAGGUCUCCCAAACACCAGCUUUUCUUUCCAAUGA